CUAACCAUUACUACCAUCCCUGGUCUGGUCAUUAGUGCCCGGCUGCCAGCCUAGCGACCGCCGUGUGUACUCCGGCAUCCAAUCCCAAGCCCACGCCGCUCGCCCCAUUCGCAGCGGCGAGCAGUCGCCGCCGCUCUCAUCUCUCCCUCACCCCCCGGCUCGCUCGGCCUCGUCGGUAGAUAGAAGGCGAGUGAGCUCGGCUUGCAACGGGAAGCACGCAUGCGCCAAUCGAAUCAAUCCCCGGCCCGUCCUCCUCCGCUUAUCCGCGCUGAGGGCCGUCAGGUUGACCACGCUGAGGAGACACUGAGAUUUUCAGAGAUGGUAUGCCCCAACGUUUCUUGGGGAUGCCUUCUUCUACUGCUCUGUUUUGCUUGGACGGGAGAUGCAGAGUACAUGAAGUACAAGGAUCCAAAGCAGCCUGUCAACACCAGAAUCAAGGACCUUAUUGGUAGAAUGACUCUUGCUGAAAAAAUUGGCCAGAUGACGCAGAUUGAGCGUUCGGUUGCAUCUGCAGACGUCAUGAAAAAUUACUUCAUAGGUAGCAUCUUAAGUGGUGGUGGGAGUGUCCCUGCUCCUCAGGCCACACCUGCAAUGUGGGUCAACAUGGUAAAUGAAUUCCAGAAAGGUGCCUUGGCAACACGUCUUGGAAUUCCUAUGAUUUAUGGGAUUGAUGCUGUUCAUGGUAAUAACAACGUCUACAACGCCACCAUAUUCCCUCACAACGUUGGGCUUGGAGCUACAAGGGAUCCUGACCUAGUAAAGAGGAUUGGCGAAGCAACUGCUCUUGAAGUACGCGCAACAGGCAUCCCAUAUACCUUUGCUCCAUGCAUUGCAGUUUGCAGAGAUCCAAGAUGGGGUCGAUGCUAUGAGAGCUACAGUGAAGACCAUAAGAUUGUUCAGCAGAUGACAGAUAUUAUCCUUGGUCUUCAAGGAGAGAUCCCAGUGAAUCAUACCAAAGGAAUUCCUUAUGUUGCCAAGAAUAAAGUUGCUGCUUGUGCUAAACAUUUCGUUGGUGAUGGUGGAACGCAUAAUGGAAUCAAUGAGAACAACACGAUCAUUGACGUGCACGGACUGCUAGGCAUUCACAUGCCACCAUAUUAUGACUCCAUUAUCAAGGGUGUCGCUACUGUUAUGGUUUCAUAUUCAAGCGUUAAUGGUGAAAAAAUGCAUGCCAAUCAUGAUCUAGUCACUGGCUACUUGAAAUCCAAACUGCGCUUCAGAGGUUUUGUGAUAUCUGACUGGCUAGGAAUAGACAGGAUAACCUCACCAGCUGGUGCAAACUAUACUUACUCUGUGCAAGCUGGAAUAAAUGCUGGUAUCGAUAUGGUUAUGGUCCCUUUCAAUUACACCGAGUUCAUUGAGGAUGCAACAUCUCUUGUUAACAAGCGUAUCAUCAGUAUGAGCAGAAUUGAUGAUGCUGUGAGUCGCAUCCUUCGAGUGAAAUUUACAAUGGGCCUCUUCGAGAACCCUUUAGCUGAUCUUAGCUUUGCAGAUCAGCUUGGAAAGAAGGAGCACAGGGAAUUGGCUAGAGAAGCUGUCAGGAAAUCACUUGUUCUAUUGAAAAAUGGCAACACUCCUAAUCAACAAUUCCUGCCUCUCCCAAAGAAAGCUAGUAAGAUCCUCGUAGCUGGAAGUCACGCUAGCAAUUUAGGCUACCAGUGUGGUGGAUGGUCAAUUCAAUGGAUGGGGGGAAGUGGAGAUAUUACAGCUGGAACAACAAUCCUUGAUGCCAUAAAGUCCACCGUUGGUGAUGCAACACCUGUAGUCUACUCUGAGAACCCUGAUGACAGCUUCAUGAAGAACAACGAGUUUUCAUUUGCUAUUGUUGUUGUUGGCGAGCCACCAUAUGCGGAAACAGUAGGCGAUAACACUGAUCUGACUAUCCUAGACCCUGGUCCAGACACAAUCCGAACCGUCUGUUCGGCAGUUAAAUGCGCAGUGGUUGUCGUCUCUGGACGGCCUGUCGUCAUUGAACCAUAUCUUCCUCUGAUGGAAGCGCUUGUUGCCGCCUGGCUUCCUGGCACAGAAGGGCAGGGUGUCGCUGAUGUGCUAUUUGGGGACUACGGCUUCACCGGAAAGCUUUCGCGCACUUGGUUCAAGUCUGUAGACCAGCUGCCCAUGAAUUUUGGAGACCCACACUAUGACCCGCUCUUCCCUUUCGGCUUCGGGUUGGCAGUAAAUUCAUCACAGCCAGGGUUCUCGGGCGCCAGAAGCCGCGGAGAUAAGAAGGAAAUUAGGGUAUGGGCCGUGUUGAGUUUGCUACUGUCAAUGAUGCUAGCUUGGGCAUAGGUGUAUUUCACCACGAAGCUGCUCUUUUGUAGCAGUAGCAUGAUCAAUCAAUCCCCUUGUUAGGGAUCCUUGGUCCACAUGGAUAUUAUUCCCUGCAGAUGGUGUUAUGCUAACCUAGGUCAUCGGGUAGAUUUGUUGAUUCAUCAAAUUAUCUUUGGUUCACGUGAUCACGUCUUGUAUUUGUUUUUAAUCUAGCGAUGAGGACAAAGUAGUAAGAUUAAUUAGAACAUGCAAGUCCUGUUGGAUAAUGAAUUACAGCAGUACAUUCAGCUUCGA